AUGUGUGAAAUAGUUGUGGGAGAUGUGGUUUGCUUAAAGACUGGAGACGAAGUUCCAGCAGAUGGAUUGUUAGUGGAAGGGAAUAACCUGCAGGUAGAGGAUGUUGAUCAGUGUGGUGAGACCGUACAAGUGGAUCCCGAUGAAAAUCCAUUUCUGUUUUAUGGAUCUAUUGUGGUCAAUAGUGAACAUAACGAAUGCAAGAUGAUGGUCACUACAGUUGGCAUGAAGGCAAAGUGGUGCAAAAUGAUGAGCCAAGAAAAUUGCGAUUCAAGUGAGAAUUCCACAGUGCAAGGUCGAGUACACAAUCUCACUCUUCCAAUAUGUUUGAAAGUGAGUCUGCCAAUUGCUUCAAUUGGUUUUCUAGUCUUUCUCAUCAGAUACUUCAUUGGGAACGCCAAAGACGUUAAUGGAGAUCAGGAAUUCAAUCAUAGUCACUUGUUGGACUUUGUAGGAACUGCUUUUACAAUUGUUGCGUUUACAAUUGCAGAAAGCUUGCGAUUAAGCGUGCCAGUUACCAGUUUCUAUUCAAAGAAGAGAAUGAUGGUUAACGUGGAAAUGGUGAGUGAGCUCUCCGAUCGUGAGAAUAUGGCAUUUGUCACCACCAUUUGUACCAACAAAACGGGCACUCUCACCAUGAACCAAAUGGAGGUAAAAAAGUUUUGGGUGGGAAAGUACUCUUUGGAAGUGGAAGCUUACCUUUCAAACGCUUCUAAUUGUUUUAAAAUUUUUCUAGGAGAGGGAAUUGCUCUGAACACAAGUAGUGCUAGAAAUUGUACUCCAACAGAUAAAGCAAUUCUUAACAACACCGCUUUCGAUUCUCAGAAGAAACGAAGUGGGGUUCUGAUGAAGAGGAUAGAAGAGGUAGACAGCACAGUGCAGCAUGUUCGUUGGAAAGGAGAAGCAGAUAUGAUUCUAGAAAUGUGUUCCUGCUACUAUGACAUUUGUGGAACCAUCAACGAUCUUGUUGAUAUACAAAAAGUGGAAUUCCAAAGAAUCAUUCGAGGUAUGAAGGAUAGUGGCCUCCAUUGCAUCACUUUUGCACACAAUUAUGUCACGAAAGGAAAUCAUAAAACGCUAAAACAAGAUGGCCCGGUACUAUUAGCAUUGGUUGGUGUGAAAUACCCAUGUCGUCCAGAAAUGAAAGAGGCCAUGGAAGGUUGCCAGGAUGCAGGAGUAGAUGUCAAGAUGAUCACCGAAGACGAUGUUUCCGCGGCGAAAGACAGAGACAGAGAAAGUGGAAUACUAGUGGAUCCAGAUGAGGACGGAGCAGUAAUAACAGGUGAGGAGCUCCGAGGCUACUCUCUAAUUAGAAGAAUGAAUGAAGUUGACAAAAUCCGAGUCAUGGCAUGCUCAUCUCCUGAAGAUAAACUACUAAUGGUGAAAACAUUGAAGGAAAGAUAUAACAUCAUUGCAGUCUCUGGGUAUAGCACAAAUGAUGUAUUGGCAUCGUUAGAAGCUCAUAUAGGAAUCUCCAUGGGAAUUCGAGGCAUGACGAAGAAGUUGGCAAGAAAAGCUUCGUUUGAGCUCACUCUCAAUCUUGCUGCUCUUGCUAUCUUCUUUCUUUCAACCGGUUUAGCAGGUGAAAUCCCAUUGAACUCGACCCUAGUAUUAUGGCUGAACUUGAUAAUAAAUACACAGGCUUCUAUGGCUCUUACAACAGAGAAGCCCAGCCAUGGUAUUGAAAAAAAAAUCCAUCAAGAGACAUGUGGGUAA